ACAAUUUCCAGCGACUUUCAAGAAAAGUUCAAUGCCUCUGUAGAGAACUUCCUUAUGCUUUCCCCUAUACAGACGGAAUUCGACGAGAUAGAUCGCAACGACUUGGGUAGGAUCAAGAAGAUAAACUUCUUGGAAUCAGCUGUACUCGCUACGCAUUACCCCAACGUUACAAGCAUGGGCAUCCUCGGCAGCCUGAGUCCGUACGAUGGAGUCUUUGGGGCAGGGGAAGAGUACAGCAAGGCAGCGUCCACGGCGGCAAUCAUGCUGGAAUCGGUCGCAGCCGUAAGUUUCGUCCUAGGAGUCUACGUCCACAGCCCGGACAUACCACCAAACAAGCGCGGCUUCAUCUCCAACCAGUGCGGAGUCCUGCUUGUCGUGAGCACGCUGUUCAUGUGGCUCUUCAGCACUAUCAUGGCGCCGUCCUCUGUGUUGUUCAUGAUGGGCGGCGUCAUCUCCCAGCAGUACAUAUGCGAGCCCUACUCAACCAAUCAGCUGAAUUUCCUCGACGACGUGGUGUUCACAAUGUUCGUACCGUACCGGGAUGAAGACACCGAGGUGGCGCACCAAGCGGAGUACAACUUCAAGGCUAUCGAGGUCUACAACACCACCAUGAAGCCCAGCACCGUGCUCAGGCUUAUCAACGGGACAGCGUUCAGUGCCAGAGGAUACAGUGAUGACUGGAAGGAUUUGAUAGGAACCGACCUGGACGACUUGGCGACACCCGUGGAGAAACUUAGCGACUCACUAACCACCGACACGGGUAAAGGCCCCAUCAACAACAUCGUUAGUGCGAAGGCGUACGUGGCCAAAUGGAGAGAGGCCGAGAAGAAGUUGUACGACUGCUGGGAGACCAUGGAGAUCACUCUCAGCAACCGAAUGAACGAAUUCUACACCCUCGUUGGCAGCUGCCAACGAAUUGGCACAAUCUACAAGAGGAGCUUCGACGUCUUCUGCUACGCAAUACUCGCGAACCUGGUAAGCGCUUAA